AACAUUGCAGGCCGCUUCGAGCACGUGUGAUUUUUUAUUUUCAAAUAUUUUUCCCAAAUUAAACGCAAAUAAUUGUAUUAUUUUUUUUAAAAGCAAAAUGGUUAUUGUGGAAAAAAGUUUUCCACGUGGUGGAGUAUCACAAAAUAUUGCUGCAACUGCAGAUAAAAAUGAAAAUAUUAUAUUUGGUGCAACGCAAUUAAAGAAAAAAUCCGAUUCCAAACAGAACAAAAAUAAAUUCAAAGAUGCUCCAAACGAGGAAGAAGAUCGCAUUGAAAUUGCUUCCGCAGGACUUGUCAAUUACCAAACUCUACAAGAUGGUAUGAUAAUGUUGGGAAUCGUCAAGUCUGUUGAUGAAAUUUGUGUGAGAAUAUCUCUGCCUGGACGAAUUAUAGCAAAAGUCCUCGCCCUAUCCAUUUCCGAUUCUUACACUAAAAAUGUAAGUGAAUUUGUUAAUAAUUCAGAAAAUGUAGAGAAUUAUAAGCCUCUCACUGAGAUGUAUAAAAUUGGACAAUUGGUCUAUGGCAAGGUAAUGGAAAUCAAAGAACAAGAACACGGCUUCACUGAAGUCAGUUUCUCUUUGAAACCACGAGACGUACAUUCAGAGUUGGUUCACACAAACAUAAAGAAGGGAUUUGUAUUUAAUGGGGCAAUAGAAGAAGUCCAGGAACACGGUUAUAUAAUUGAAAGUGGAAUCAAGAAUUUACGUUGUUUUCUGCCAAUUGAGAAAUCUGAACCUGGACAUGCUGUUGGGCAAUCUAUUUUUAUGAAAGUUGAAGAUAUCAAACAAUCAUCAUCGGCAACAACAAUUCGUUGUAAAGAAAUCAAUGAAAGUAGUCUAAAGAUCAAGGACCAGAUAGAUCCGAAUUUAGACUAUCUCCUUCCAACUACAAUUGUAAAUUUUACAGUUACUAAACAUUUGAAAGAUGGGUUGCAAGGUACAUUGAUGAAUGGUACCUUUACUGGGUACAUUAACGAGCAUAAUCUUAAAGAGGCACUUGGUUCAAUAACAGAUGUUGCAUUGAAUUCUACUCUUAACGCUCGUAUACUUUAUACUGCCCCAUUGACAAAGUUUGUUUAUUUGUCAUUGAAUUUGUUUGAUUCUCAAGAAGAAUCGACAGUUUUUAAGAGAGGAGAAAUCGUGCAGGGUGCAGCUGUUCAUCACAUUGGUAAUGGGGGAGUUGUAUGUGUGCUAAAUAAUAAGUACAAAGGUUUGAUAUCCAUGAAGUCUAUAAAAGCUAAUCAUAUUGGGAACUUUGAUAUGGAUCAGAUGUUAAAUAAGUAUACAAAAAAAUCAAAGCACACAGUUCGGAUUUUGGAUUAUGAUUUGAUUGGAGGAUUUUUUGUUUGUACGGAUGAUCCGGGGGUGGUGAAUGAAAAAGUAUUUACUGUUGGUGAUAUAUCCCCUGGUGAUAUAGUUACAGCGACUGUUACCGAGAAGGAUAAGAAAACUGGAGGAUAUGCAUUGCAAAUUGGAAAAGUUAGUGGUAUCAUCGAAAAAAUAUUUCUUUCACCAGCAAGUGCUGGACUAUCUGAGAAUUCUAAAAUAAAAUGUCGUGUACUAGCAGUAAAUACUGAUCGAAAUUUUGCCCACUUCACCAAUCUAACCGAAUAUUUGUUGAAAGAUUGCAAAAUUCUAACAUCUCUUGAUGAUGCCAAAGUGAAUCAUGUAUUUUUGGGUACAAUUGUCAAAUGUGAAAAUACUUUUGCAGUUGUGAAAUUCUUCAACAACAUCAAAGGAAUUAUUUAUCUUGCCAAACUCAAGGGUAUUGCUACACUCUUUGAGGGACAAACAAUGCAUUUCCGCAUAAUAUCACGAUUAGAAGAUAACAUUGUUGUGGGUCUACCUGAAGACACAUUUGAACUUGGAGAAUUUUGCAAAGCAAAAGUUACCCAUGUAAUGGAUACGGGAUUAGAAAUCGAAGUUGAAAGCAAACAAGAGGACAGUCUGAGUUUAAAAGCACUCAUACCAGAUCGUUUGCUUUCAGACUAUCCCGAAUUAACUGCGGUGAAGUUGAGAACUUACAGCAUUGGACAAGAAAUCACUGCUUGUUGUAUUUCUAGAAAUAUAUUUAGCAUACGAGACUUGUUUUAUUUUCAAGAGGGAACUAUUGAUUGGAAGCAAGUAAAAGUUGGUGACAUAAUACGUGCAUUUAUCAAAGACGUUCAAGGCGAUAUCAUAGAACUUGUAGUUCCAAUCAAAGGGUAUAAUAAAACUGUAAAAGUUCACCGCAAAAUGCUGCUCCUUAAAGCAGUAAAACCAGGAAGUGUUAUCAUGGUUCCAGAACAAGUAAUUUAUGUUAAAAUUCUAAGUAAGGACAAAAUAACCAAGACAAUUGCAGUAUCAGCAAAACUUCCAGAUGUUUGGCAGGGGAACUUGACUCAAACUGGAGAAUAUUUUGCAAAGUAUUUGACAGAAAUUAGUGAGAUAAAAAAGGCAUUGAAAAAACAGAAGAAUCCAAUUGCUCAAUUAGCAAUUGGGGAAAAGAUCUUAGCAAACUAUCAAGGAUCUGAUGCAGAUACUGAAGAUUGGUUAAUGGAAGUGGAAAAAACAAAAGUAAUGGGCUUGAUUAAGAAAUCUGUACAAGGCAAACAAAAACCACCAAAAGAAGGAGAAUCAGUAGAAUGCAUUGUUCUUUGGGUGGAUUAUUUGAAUAAUAUAGUAUAUCUUACUAACAAUAAAAAUGAUAUUAGUCGAAUAACAAAAGGCAAAAAUAUUCCCGAGAAUCUUGUAAACAAAUCUGGAAUCAAUGCUAAGAUUAUCCUAAAGUUGGAAAAUGCAAUAAUUUGUACCCUUAAAAAGGGUCAAAAUCCAUUGGCAUAUAUUCCGACACGAUUGCAUUACAACGAUUUUGAUGCUGGUUGCACAAAUAUGAUGAAAGAAGGAGAAUUUUGUAAAUUGGCUUUCAUCCAUGAAACACUGCCGAUAGCAGUUUUUGAGGAAACUCAAAAACUUUGGCGUGAUCUAGCGAAACAUAAGAGAAAAUUGGAGAAGCAAAUGGAAGAAAUGCCACCAGUUAAGAAAGUGAGAAAAGUGUCUGAAAAAGACGACAAAAAUGCAGAAAAACCAGUGAAAGAUGGGCCUUUGUUCUAUGAAGAUCGAGUUCCGAGUGCUGUGAAUAUUUCAAAUGCACCUGCUAAUAUUCCCCGCAAACGUACUUUAGAACAGUCGCGAACCCCAUUGCAACAAGAAAAAAAGAAACCUCAAGCAGUUGUGGAAGAAUCAAAGACACCAAUAUCUAAAGUAACACUCCCUGGAGCAACAAAUUUCUGGUCCACAGAUCUGAGCAGUUUAUCAGCAACCAAACCAGAAGAAAGUAGUAGCGAUGAUGAUGAAGAACCAAGUGGCGAGAGUGAAAACAAAAAAAAGAAGAAACAAACAUCCGCUGAAAAAUUCAAAGCUGCACGUGAAGAAGAAGCACGAUUGCGAGAGAUUGAAGAGAAAUACGCAAAUCCUGAUAUUUUACCCGAAACUACAGAUCAAUUUGAUCGGUUGGUAUUAUCAGGACCAAAUGACAGUAAAAACUGGAUCAACUAUAUGGUCUUCCAUUUGCAAGCUAUGGAAAUUGAUAAAGCUAGAGCUGUGGCAAGGCGCGCAUUAAAAGGAAUAUCGUUUCGUGAAAGCGAGGAACUCAUUAAUAUAUGGGUGGCUUUGUUGAAUUUGGAAUUACGUUAUGGCACAAAAGAGAAUUUCAAUGAUGUGCUGAAAGAAUCGUUGAUGAGUAGUGAUCAAUUGAAAAUUUACAUGCGUGUUUUGGAGAUUUUAGCAGAAGCGAAUAAGACACAAGAAUUGAUCGAAUUAGUUGGUACAGUAACAAAGAAGUUCAAAGAGAAAAUGGAAAUAUGGAAAAGUUGUGCGAUAGCGUUGUACAAGGUGGGAAUACAUGAUCGAGCCCAACAGAUGAUGCACAAGGCUUUGGCAGUACUACCAGAAAGAGAACAUGUUAAUACAAUUGUUGCUUUCGCCAACUUGACACACAAGUACUCGAAAACUCCUGAAACUGCUCAUGCUCUAUUAGAUCAAGUCGUUACAUCAUAUCCAAAGCGAGUAGAUGUAUGGUCACAACUUAUUGAUAUGUUAAUUAAAGAUGAUCAAAUAGAAUCUGCAAGGCGAACACUUGAGCGAGCUGUUAUACAAAAGAUUCCUUUGAAAAAGAUGCGUACUAUUUUCAAAAAAUACUUGGAAUUCGAACAACACCAUGGUACCCCUGAAAAUGUUGAAAAAGUGAAAGCCCAAGCUGCGGAAUAUGUUAAAAAUAAUUCAUAAAGCAAAUCCGUGUUGUUGUUAUAAAGUUUUAACAGUUAAUAAAAAAAAGCUACAAUAAUAAGUGUACAAUAUUUAUGUAAAGACAAA